GUGAGCCUCCGGGCUGUCCGGUCUGUCUGCGGACGGGCAGGUUAGCAUCAGCUAGCCGGGAGGCUAACAGCUGAGCUGGAGAGCAGAUAAAUGUUUCGUUUUCAACAGGAAACGCUGAGUUAAGAUCACCUUCUAUCUUCGACUCUCUGCCGUCAUUAAACGUUCAGCAGGUUUUCACGUCGCCGGGCUGAAUGUUUCCCUGACAGCUAGCAUGGUUAGCCGGGAGGCUGACAGCUAGCAUGGUUAGCCGGGAGGCUACCAGCUGAGCUGCAGCCGGAGGAUGACCAGACUGCCCCGGAUUCCUCCGUUAAAUACGUCUUUCUGUCAGCAGCCUUGGACUGAAUAAGAAUCAUUCGAUUCCCUGAACAGGAGACACUUGGCUUGGUGUUCACUUAUCAAUUCAAUCAUAUCUCUCUGAACGAGAGGUGUUAAAUAUAAGGCCAGCGGGCCAAAAGCAGCCCCCACAUCACUGGAUUUCACACCAGAAGGUCCCAUUAAAAUUGUGUGUAUGUUAAGAUUGGCGUCAUUUUCUGCAGUAAUAGUUUCGUUUUGGUGAAAAUAUCCACAUUUUCAUCAUGUGUGCUCUGCAGCAUGACACAGCAAAGCGCUAACAUUCUGUUUAAAGGUUAUUCUGGUGCUGUUUUACCACUCCAAAUGAAAUUGGGCUGAAAGUGGGUUUGGCUGACUUAAAUCGCGUGACAAUAAAUAAUCUCUCUUCCACGAUCGGUGGCAGUCAGAUAUGUUAAAAACCUCUGGCUUUAAAAAGAUAUGGAGCCCAGUGUACAGAUAAAUAUUGAAUCCAAGCCUGACUGGACAGAUUAAUAAAGAACACUGUGAAAUCGGUCUCGGUGUCUGAGGACCGCAGGAUGUUUCCAAUCCGACGUCUCGGUCUUGUUGAGGAAGACCCGGGACUCUUUGUGUGUCCCUCUCUGCAGCCAGACCUCGACGGACGCCGGCCGCCAUGUCGUACUCCAGAACAGAGAGCCGGUCCUCGCCGGCGGACUUCAGCUCCCUCAUCCAGACAUGCAGCUCCAACAUCCAGAGGAUCACACAGAACACUGCUCAGAUAAAGAACAUUGUGAACCAGCUGGGGACCAGACAAGACUCCUGUGAGCUGCAGGACCGUCUACAGCAGAUCCAGCACUCCACCAACCAGCUGGCCAAAGAGACCAACCGGCAGCUGAAGGCGCUGGGCGGCCUGCCGCCGCCGGCCUCGGCGUCGGAGCAGCGGCAGCAGCGGCUGCAGAGGGACCGGCUCAUGAACGACUUCUCCGCCGCGCUCAACAACUUCCAGGCGGUGCAGCGGCGCGCCGCCGACAAGGAGAAGGAGUCGGUGGCGAGGGCCAGGGCCGGCUCGCGGCUGUCGGCCGAGGACAACGCCUGGGACGAGAAGCUGGUGUCCUUCGAGAAUCAGGAGGACUUUGGUCCCAUCAGCACCCAGACGGAGGAGGCGGCCAUCACAGAGGAGGACCUGGAGCUGAUCCGGGAGCGAGAGACCAACAUACGACAGCUGGAGUCGGACAUCUUGGAUGUGAACCAGAUCUUCAAGGACCUGGCAGUGAUGAUCCACGACCAGGGAGAGAUGAUCGACAGCAUCGAGGCCAACGUGGAGAAUGCGGAGGUGCAUGUGGAGCGAGGAGCGGAGCAGCUGCAGAGAGCCGCCUACUACCAGCAAAAGUCCAGGAAGAAGAUGUGCAUCCUGGCUCUGGUCUGCUCCGUGGCCCUGGUCAUCCUGUCCAUCAUCAUCUAUUUCGCUUCAAAGAACUGAACCCCCCCCCAUCCUGUCCCCGCUGUCCCCGUCCCCCUCCCCCUCCCGCUCCGUCCCGCCUGCUUCCAGUCUCCAGAGGAGGCGCGGCCCUGUAUCGACCCUGUCCUCGUCUGUCCCCUCCUCUCUCUAACCCUCACUGUACUCACAUGUAAAGACGGGAGAGGACGUCUUCCAGGACGUUGCUCCACGUCUCCUGUCGGCUGUGGCACUUUGCUUCUGGUUUUACAGUAAAUGUUGUAAGAUAAACGUCUAUGAGACCGUUAAUCCACGUAGAGCCGUGUGUAGAUCUGCUGUUCAGGUGGAGAUGGAACCAGUGAAAUGUUUUCAGUUUAUUUCUAUGAUGCUGAUGGUCUGUAUAAUAAAUGUCUCAAACACUC